CUAUCCUUUCUGAAUUUAGCACGUUGAACUUUAAUAUCUGCCAGUCCACGUCUUACUUACUUUAGCUCCAGUUAUCGUAUUUUAAAACUCUGUUAUGUUUUAUUAUUAUUCCAAUUUCACAAUCUGGAUUUCAAUUCCAACACAGGUUUAAUAUAUUUUCCUUUCAUACAGAUGUAUGGAAAAUUCAAUCUGUAAUCAACCAUGCAAUAAAACUUUCUUUUUUAUCUAAUUUAUGUCAAUGUAUAACUUAUGAAUGUACAGAUGUCUGAAUGUAGAAGCAGAAGAUACAAUACUUAUUAACAAAUCGUGAACUGGAAUGAUCAAAGAUCGAAUUACAGGUUAAAGAACAGAAAUAACAACAAUUCAAUGUGGAGCAACAUAGGCUAUUCAGUCAAAUAUUUCGAAACAGUCAAUAUUACUCGGAGAUGGUGACCGUCAUGAAUAACCAAGGCAUGAUGAUGGGGCCUAUGAAAGGUCAUCUGGCACCCAAUAGUAGCCCAUUCAAACCAACGAUCAACAAGUUAUCAUCUCAGUAUAUGAUCCAAGACCAUAUGUCAAGUCAUUACAUAAAAUUGGGAACUGCAAAAUCUGCUAUUGACAACAAACCACCUAAAUCUAUGACUACAAGUGUGAAGAAACGAGAUCAGAUGAGAAGAGGAAGCAAUGGAUAUUUGUGCAAGUUAGAUACAGAAAUCCUUAGUCUCUUAUAUCAACAAGUCAUAUACAAUAUGCGAGACUCCGAUGCGUACGGAUCACCUCGUUUACUUUCAGUAACUGUGACUAAAACAGGAUACGAUGAAAUGCGACCACGUUCAUCAUCCUCAUUUCAUUCUCAACAUCGAUCAAAAUCUGGUUACAGUCCUCGUUCAUCAACAACUUCUAAUCCAAAUUCUCCUCGAAAUAAGUCACAAAAAUCGGACAUUUUAAAUCAAACAUAUAGCGGAGAUUACUUGGACAGACACGAAGAACGUUUCAAAAACACAGACACUCCUUUUACACCACGUUUAAAAAAACGAUCAGGGAAAUCAUAUCUAUCAAAUUCAAAGCAUUAUGCUCCACCUCUUGUCAUAAAGAAAGAGAAUAAAAGGAAAAUUGCAACCAAGUCACAUGAAUCAAAAGAAGAUAAUGUCUCCCCAGUAGCAUCUUAUUCAGAUUUGAGAUCAGCUCAGGAUAAGACACCCAACAGAAUCAGUUGUGAAAGCUUUUGCUUGAGUUGGAAUGUGAGUUCAGAUGUUGAGGAAAAUAUGAGCAAAGGACAAAAACCUAGGUGUAUUGUCAAGGCAGGUCGAUGUUUGCUUCCAAAGCAAGAAAAUCAGGAGCUCCUCGCCCGAAACCAUUUGCGAUAUUUGCGCAAAAUUUUUACAAGAAAAUCGCAGCUUGUUAUGUAUUUGGGUCUGGUGGAUAUGCAUAUUUUAGAUAAAAGUGUCCCACCUGGUUUGCGGAUUGAUGUAAAACCACCUGGCUACAAGAACAUCAUAAAUGAGAGAGAUAUGGGUGAAUGGUUUACUACUCUUCAGCAGUGCUCUGCAAGCCUACUCACUCUUCUGCGAAAAAUGUACAUCAAAGAUAUUGAAAAAUGUGAGUCGAUCAUCAAAUACUCAGUAACACAACUCACGACAAUAAUCACCUCUCUUCGUGGAGUAGAAAGAAAAGUUGUGAGAAACGAUGUUCUUGGACUUUUGGAUAAGAUUAGUCAAGAAUGCAACAAAGAUUUAGUUUCAAAAUUUGAUGUCGCAGAGGAACGUAUUAUAUUCGAUAAAGCAAUGAAAGAGGACAGAAAUAAAAUAUUAGAAACUUUUUUGAAUCAUGACAGAAAAGUUAAUUUUGCUGUUAGAAAUAAUAACUUAGAAGAACUGGGAGAAAGUAGAACAAAAAGUGGGCAACUGCAGUCGACCUGUGAUAUGGAUGUUGAAAAUAAUGCUCAUGAAGGGGAACACGAAAGAAGAUGGAUUGAAGAACAGACUGAUCUUAUGCAAAGACUUACUCUUGAUGAAUCAAAACGUACUUAUGAUAAUAUAUAUCCCAGUCAAGCCAGUACAACGAAUGACUAUGGUUUUCGGCAAACUGGAACGGGAAGCACGAAUUUUCUUGGAACAUCCAGUUUAGGAAGAAGUUUUAUAAGAUCUGAUACGUUUGCAAAGAAUGAAACAAAGAAUCGAAUUCAAGCUGAAGAAGAAGAAAUGAAAUAUUUGGAAUUUAUCAACGGAGUGACGAAUGAUAUACUGACAAGAGGAAUUUAUUCAGACAGGGUAUUGACGCAAGUCAUGCAGAGGCACCUUGACCAAAAUCGUAGCAGAUUAAAUGAAUCAAGAAUGAGACAUAUGUUGAUGAAAUUACAAGAAGAUUUAGGAGUUUCCGCUGAUAUAUCAUCUCGUGGAUUUCGCAGCACAUCAGCAUACUCUUCGGGUUAUGAAGGGUCAUCUUACAAUCGUUCCCCUAGUCCCGAAUCCAAAGCAAACCAAGGAAGUUUGAGAAGUGCUUCUUGGAAAAGUGAUGCGUCAUCUCGUUCUGGUAGGCUGAGUUUCUCUGAGACAAAACAAUCUUCAAAGCCACCUGUCAGUGCAUCGUCAGGAUCACCAUCUAUCCGCAGUAGCGUUAAACGACAGAAAGGAAUUUUGAAAACACCAGGAACGUCAUCUGGAUCUGAUUUGGAAGCAAAAUCGACGGCUUUUUCAUCUGGUGACGAGGAUGAUAAAAGAGUGAAGAAGAAGGUCAGUGUCGAGCGUCUUCCGAGUACAAGUCUCGAAGAAAAUCCAGACAAACCAAGUGAUAAUCAUGAUAAAUCAAUACACAGUGAUAUUGGGACAAGUGAAGCAUCCCGUCCAGUACCUGCAAAGCGAAGCUCUAUUGUUAGUACCAGCGGUUCACAUAUUGCAGAAUCCGUAUAUUCCGUAGAUGCCGAAAAAAAUAAGAAAAUAGUUACAGAAGACAAUGCUGUCACGAAUGAAAAUGGAUCUGUAGAAAACAUUACAGCAGUGACUCGACAAGAGGACGGUCUGGCAGACAGUGAUCUAGACGAUUUCUAAUAAUUACCUCUAUAUUAUAAUCAUGCACCAAGGUUACAGUGUACUUAGUCACUGUAUGCUUGCUUUCCUAUAUGUAUAUACAACAUAGAGUUGUCCUUUUGUGUUUUUUUAUUUGUUUUAGUAAACUUUUGUAGUUUUGUCUUGAAGUCCCCAAAUUUCUGCAAUGUCUAAUUAUUUCUAAAAUUAUUA